AUGGAGAUCAGCAGCGACAACAUCCUUCGGACAGAAUCCAAAGCCAAGGCCGGGAAGCCUCCCACAAGGCUACAAGCUCAAGCGCCCGCGUCUCUUCGGCUUGAUCAGAUGACAUUCUCUGCCCCUGCCCCUGCCAAUGUCCUUCCUGCCGGUGAUACUUCCAGGGCAAUUCCAUUGUUGUCGCCACUUGUUCUUUCGCCACAACUGUUGCAGGAUUCGACAGAGAAGUUGACGUGUGGACAUGAUCAGAGUAACGAACACCAAGAAGAGGGAACGGCAGACAAGACCAACAAUGGAGGUUCAGGUGAAAGUGGAUGGCAACAUCAGGAGGCGGCUACGUUUGCGGAUCCUUCUUCUCUGUUUAGUUUCUUUCAGUCGCAGUGCAUGAUCGUGAACCCUGCUCAGUGA